GGAAAGCUAUUUACCUAUCAAAGCUAUAAAAAAAAGAUAAGUUGGAUUCAUAAGGUUCUUGGUUUGAUUCUCCCUAACGAAUUUUUUUUUAGCUUCAAUCAUUGCGAAGUACUAUGAUACGAGCUUUAAUUUCAUAGCUAAAACUUAUUCGUCGUAAAUGAGACGGAUACCACAUUGGGCAACGUAUCAAUAGUCUCCCCAUGCAUGCUACUUAUACUGCCGUACAAAUACCCUUAUUUCUUGUGGAUCCAAUCAAUUUGUUUACAUUCUGAAUCAUGAUAUUCCUUCGCUCCUCGUGGGCCUUUCCCCUCAUUCGAAAGAAGAUCUCGUUAAAAAUAGUCAUUUUCCUUCAAUUCUGAGCAAAUGAUUAUUUUGUCCGGAUAAUAUCAAAUAUAUAUGUAUAACGUCGGCCAUCUUUGCCGCUUAUAGUAAACAGAGCCGAGAACGAACACGAUUCAUCGCCUGAAUUGUAAGCACACGUGUUGCACGAGUCAACAACAAAACUCAGUACCUUUUUCUUACUUGCGCUGCUUAUUUCAGCAGUAUGCAAUUGCAUUAUUGGUAAAGAAAUUAUUUUUAGUAUUUAAAAUACUAAACAUUAAGAACGAAAUUAAGUACUAAUUCGUAUGACUAAAGAAACAAACAUGGUUAGUGACAAAGUAAUCAAAACAAAUGAUUCUCCAUUUUUUAAAAACUCCAGUUUCAAACCUAAGUAUAGGAAUUUUAACAAUUCUGGUAAGAAACGUAUUUGGCGUUCUCUCAAACAAAUUUUAAGCCAAGAAAGAGUCGUAUCAUGGGGAAGCCACAUGAUGCAUUAUAGUUUAAUAAAUUCUCAGCCAAGUUCAAAACCAAAUAAAAAGUACUCAGAUCUAUCAGGUCUACCGGCACCUUACACAGAUCCUCAGACCAAAUUGUUUUAUGCUACUGGAGAAGAAUUUAAAAUAAUUAGAAGUUUGCCUACCGACAUAAAUGCUGGAUACUUAGCACUCAGAGGGGCCUCGAAUAAUUUUUAAUUUAAUGUAAUUUUAAAUUCAUUUUGUUAGUAGCAGGAUUAUUGUGAUAUAUACUUGUCUUAGUAGUACAAUUAAAUAAAACAA